AGAGCACCUCCAUCCACUCGUCUCCUGAGGUGCUGACGGACCCUGUGCUGCGUGUGCACCGCUCCUGAAGCCCACCCACCAAGAUGUCCUGCCAGCAGAACCAGCAGCAGUGCCAGUGCUCCCCCAAGUGCCCGCCCAAGUGCCCUGUCCCAGAAUGCCCCCCCAAGUGUCCCAAGUGCCCCCCAGCCCCUCCCUGCUGCGCCCCCAGCUGUGGGGACUGCUGCAGCGCUGGGGCUGGGGGCUGCUGCCUGAGCCACCACAGGCGCCGCAGGUCCCACCGCCGCAGACACCACAGCCCUGACUGCUGCAGCCAGCCCUCGGGGGGCUCCGGCUGCUGCGGAGGGGGCAGCGGUCAGUCGUCUGGGGGCUGCUGCUGACCUGGGCCCUGAGAAAAGAAGAGCAGAAUUAGAGGCAUGAAAAGGGCAAGAUCAUCUUCUUUGGGCCUGAUUGUGCUGUUGAAUCAUUUUAGUGAAGACUUCAAACUCUGUCCUAGAAGAUUCUUCUGACCUGGAAUCCAGAAAUCUGUGUCCUUUCCUAAAGACCUCUGACCUCUGACCUCAUCUCUGCAAGCUGCGCUGGGAGCCCCAGAUAAUAAUUCUUAUGCCAUUGGCCGUUUCCUACCUGAAGUGAAACAAUAGAACGAUCUGCUCACCAUCUUGUUUUAGGCUGCUUUUCUCUUGCUUGUGGAUGUGCUGGUCUGCCCUCUGCUCUGCCUCCCCUUGUCUCCUGGGCCCUGCAGCGGCAACAUUUGCUUUCAAGACUCCCGGAGUCCUUAUGAACGAACAC